CUCACAAACAUUUAACGCAGCGGAGACAGACGGAGCGGAGGGACACUGGAGACAGUCGGAACGGGCGCAUCGUUCGGAUAUAGGGCUAACGGUGCCCUAUCAGAGAUGGGUUUUCUCGCCCAAAGAGGCAGGAGAAUAACUUGAACCGCAUACUUACGUCAUUGGCUUGUUGUGGUUUUUUUAAAAACGUUAUAUGGGCAAGUUAUUUGAAGUUUAAAAUGUGGGAGAUGGUGGUGUUGUCGAGAGCGAGGUCUCCUCUCCUGUUGUCCUGGACAAGAUGGCAGCAGUGCAGGCAAACUGUACAUGGUGUGGAUAUAUAAGUCCAUAACAUGUUCAGAGAAGCCCUGGAUUCUAUCUAUUGUUACUCUAUAAGAAGGUAUGGCCUCACAAGUCUUGGUCUACCCACCACACAUUUAUCAAACCCAGACAAGUGCCUUUUGCAGUGUGAAGAAACUCAAAGCUGAGCCCAGCAGCUGUGUGUACCAUGACAGAGCCCCUCCGCGAACCUAUCUAAACGGCAGGACCCUUGGCAUAGCGCAUCCGACCAAACUAGCUCCUUCGUUCACGACCCGAGGCUUGGUGGCCGGUGUGAGAACGCGUGGCGGCGGGCCGGAGCUCAUUGUGCAGACAGUGGCUGUGCGUGGCGUACGCAGAGAGCAGCCUAAAACAGGAACAGACCCGGCGGAGACCCAGCAGCACCCGGAGACAGGGGCGGCUCCCUCGCAGGGCAAGUGGCAGGAGAGGACCGACCGAGGCAGGAGUGGAGCAGGAGGAAGGGGAAGGGGAGCGGGAAGUGUGGAGGGAGAGGCCGGAGGUGACGAGGAAGAGGACGGCAGCGGAGGUUUUAACUCGGCCGACGGCUCCCAGCGAUGCGGGCUGAAACGUAAGAGCGAGGAACUCGAUAGCCGUCGGAGCGCCAUGCAGAUAGUGGAGGACCAGUCCAUGUUGUCUGCCAUGAUGCAAACUGCGAAUAUGGGGAACCCGGCUGGUGUGCCCGCGCCGCCAGCUGUAGGCGGUGGAGGAGGAGGAGGCCCAACCAAACAGGGAGUGAACGGGGCGGCAGUAGGGGCUGACGGGGACUACCAGCUUGUACAGCACGAGGUCCUCUGCUCUAUGAAGAACACAUAUGAGGUGCUGGACUUCCUGGGCCGCGGCACCUUUGGCCAGGUGGUGAAGUGCUGGAAGAGGGGUACCGGCGAGGUGGUGGCGGUGAAGAUUCUGAAGAACCACCCGUCAUACGCUCGCCAGGGCCAGAUCGAGGUGGGCAUUCUGGCACGUCUGAGCGGGGAGAACGCGGAUGAGCACAACCUGGUGAGGGCCUUCGAGUGCUUCCAGCACCGCAGCCACACCUGCCUGGUGUUCGAGAUGCUGGAGCAGAACCUCUAUGACUUCCUGAAGCAGAACAAGUUCAGCCCGCUGCCGCUGAAGGUGAUCCGGCCCGUGCUGCAGCAGGUGGCCACGGCCCUGAGGAAGCUGAAGACCAUGGGUCUGAUCCACGCCGACCUGAAGCCGGAGAACAUCAUGCUGGUGGACCCGGUCAGGCAGCCGUACAGGGUGAAGGUGAUAGACUUUGGAUCGGCAAGCCACGUGUCCAAGGCUGUGUGCUCCACGUACCUCCAGUCGCGGUACUACAGGGCUCCGGAGAUCAUCCUGGGCCUGCCCUUCUGUGAGGCCAUCGACAUGUGGUCCCUGGGCUGUGUGAUGGCUGAACUCUUCCUGGGCUGGCCCCUCUACCCCGGGGCCCUGGAGUAUGACCAGAUUCGCUACAUUUCUCAAACACAGGGUUUGCCUGGUGAGCAUCUAUUGAAUGUGGGGACAAAGUCUGCGCGGUUCUUCUGCAGGGAGUCGGACUCCCCUUACGCGUCAUGGCGAUUGAAGUCGACCGAUGAGCAUGAGACGGAGACAGGGAUGAAGUCAAAGGAAGCAAGGAAGUACAUCUUCAGCUGUUUGGAUGACAUAGCGCACGUGAACUUGGUGAUGAAUCUGGAAGGUAGUGACUUGUUGGCAGAGAAGGCAGACCGUAGAGAGUUUGUGGGCCUGCUGAAGAGGAUGUUGUUUAUCGACGCGGAGAACAGAAUCGUCCCCACGGACGCCCUCGGCCACUCCUUUGUAACCAUGCAGCACCUGCUCGACUUCCCCCAUAGCAACCAUGUUAAGUCGUGUUUCCACAUCAUGGAUGUGACCCGUUCUCACCCUGGCCCUUACGACACGCUCAACCGGAACAAGGCCCCCUUCAUCAGACCGGUGACCACAACCACCACCACGGUUAACCUGACCGUGCCCUUCAGCAAAAUGGCCGCCAUCCACACUCAAACUUUGGCCCCUUCGGCCCCCUCAGUGAUGCACCCUGGGAUACCACUUCAAACAGGAAAUAGCCAGUAUGGCUGCAACGACACAUUUCAACAGGCACUCAUCCUGUGUCCUCCAACCAUGCAGGGAAUACCUGCCAACGCCGGCAAGCCACCGGGCUACUCUGUGCGCAUGGAGACUGCUGUGCCCCUGGUCACCCAAGCCCCCUCCAUCCAGCCCCUACAGAUCAGACCUGGGGUCAUCACCCAGCAGACCUGGUCCAACCGGCCUCAGCAGAUCCUGGUGCCCGCCUGGCAACAGGUUACCUCAGUGGCGCCCCCGCCAACCACCAUGGCGUCUGACACUGUGGCGGGCCCGCAGAGACUGGGAGACUGGGGGAAAGUGCGUCCCCAUGGCAACCAUUACAGUGCAAUGAUGCCCCACCACCAUCAGCCGCUCCUAACCAAUCGAAUGACCAUGUCCGCCCACCAGCCAAUCAGCAUAGGCAUUGCACACGUAGUUUGGCCACAGCCCGCCGCUAGCAAGAGAAACAAGCCCUGCGUAAACAGGGGCAACAAUUAUUCCUACAACACCCAAAACUCAGCAUGCCCGUCGCCAAAGAUCGCCGACACCGCCAAGAAUGUCCCUGAGGAGAGCUGUCCAGAGGCGGGACAAGCCGUACGGGCGGAGCCUGAUCCUGUGCGGGAGGAGGAGCCUGGCUGCUGUAAGGCGGGCUCAGACUCCGAGGAGCAGUCUGUAUCUCAUAAGAGGCGGCAGACCAUGUUGAUGGAUGAUCUGACCAGCCCAACCGCCAGUGUCAUUAGUAUCAGCAGUGACGACGAAGACACAGAGGAGGGCGCGGAGAGACACUCACUGGGGGAGUGUAAAGGCAGUGCCGAUUGCCUGGCGUGUCAAAGUACCGUGAGCAUGGAGAGAGUGUGUUCCCUCAGUAGUCCAGACAGUACCCUAAGCACCAGCUCCUCUGCCUCGGCUCAGUCAAGUAACUCGCCCUGCAAACGCCCUGACAGUAUGUCCGAUGACGAGCAGGAGAGUGGUUGUGACACGGUGGACGGCUCACCUUCCUCCGACUCUUCUGGGCCCGGCCACAGCCCCUUUGCAGAGCAGCGCUACAUUGCAGACGGCAAUCAGAACCGCGGGCCCCGUGUGGCGUGCAUUGCCCCAGUAACAGAGCCCAGCAAGCCAGCAGUGCGCACCAUGGUGGUUCCACCUAUGAGGGUGCAGAAUAACAACCCGCAGGUUAACGAGACGCUAGGCAACACCGGUUACAUGAUGUGGGAUAACGCCUCGUUUGUAGGGCGCGGAGGUAUUCACAGUCUUGGAGUCUUCUUGCCAGUUCAAAGGUCGAGGCCUCCCUGGGCGUCUACCCCACCACUCCACCCCACUUCUCAACAGGCCCCAGAAGAUCACUGCAUUCCAGCAACAGCAGCCCAUGGCUUAUGGACAGGUCCAGCAUUACGGCUCCUGCCACCAGGAAUGGAAUGGAAAUUAUGCCCACCGGCGACCGCAGGCCUACAUCCCCCCCACCCUGCACGGGCAUCCCUUCACCCUGCCCCACGGCAGCCCCAACCACACUACGGGCCCACACCCUCACCCCCACCUGGGCGGCCACCCGCACGGCCAGCACACCCUCCUCUCCUACCCCCCUUCUGGGCCCCCCCUGGUCACAGCGGCCCCGGUGGCCCACAUCCUGGCCUCCCCUGGGGCCUCCCGGCCGGUCCUGCAGCCCGCCUACAGUAUCUCCCACCCGGGCGGUAUCGUCCACCAAGUCACCGUGGGCAUCAACCCCCGGUUGCUGCCCUCGCCCACCAUCCACCCCCAGGGCCAGUUCAAGCCCCUCUUCCCCACGCACUCCUUCAUCGCCUCGCCUGCCUACGCCAGCUUCCCCCUCAGCCCCACCAAACUCAACCAGUACCCCUAUAUCUGACCGUGAGUGCCACCCGGGGGGCGGGGCCGUCCCAGCACGGCCCGCCCCGUGGACACACUUGGUGCCACCCGGGGGGGACCGAGCGAGCAGAACGAGGGGCCUUCUACUCAGAACACACCACAAACAACCACCACAACAUGGUUCUCAUGUCCAAAGCCAUGGCACAACCACGAAGAGAGCAAGCUAUUUUUUUUAAUCAUGUAGACUUGGGUACAAUUGAACUAUGAGCUUUAAAAAAAUGAAUUAAAAAAAAGAGUUUGGGUGGAGGAGGGUUGGAUGAAGGAUGUGAAGGAUUUAAGAAUGGCAGGACUGAAGGAGGGAUGGAAGGUGGAGAGCGGAAGGAUGGAUGGAAUGAUGAGAAUGAAUGAAUAUAAGUAGAUGAGAAACUUACUCAAUGUGUUUUGCACAUUUGAUAUAGCCUACAUUCACAUUGGAUCUUCUACGAAUACUCCUCAAACAAGAAAACAGGUGAAUAAUGGGGGUGGUGUCGACGGUCAGACUUGACACCCCUUUAACCCAGCUAUUUUUCUAUAUUGCCUUCUAAACGUCUGCGAGACCCGUUCACAUUUGUAAAGCCAUCCCAGUGUCUGGCUCUGUAGGCUGACAGAUGCACGUGUUCUCCACUGUGUGUUUGUUGUAGUACGUUCAGAGUAUACGUACCCUCUCUCUGUGUGUCUUUUGGUGUUUGCAAAUGUCGAGUCACCUAACCGACGUAUCCUAGGGUUGUUGCUCCUCACGCCGCAUGUGUUCUUGCAUGAGCAGAUAAAAAUGUAAACCAGAGGAUGGCGCGUCGGACGUCGCCCUUGUUGUUCGUGUCACGAGACUCGCUGCAUCGUAUAUACUUGUCCCCAGCCAUAGUGCCUUAUAUAUUUGAGGUGGUUAAUGUUACUAUAUGAAUAUAUCCAUGAAUAUAUAAAUGUGCCGGACUGCAGCACUUGAAAUUCCAAUCAGUCGAUGCAUCCUGAGUGUGAGUCGAUUAUAUAUGCACACGUGUAUAUCCACGCGUUCCCUGCGUGGACGUGAUGUGUGACGGACGGCGUUGCUUAUAUUUGGGAUUCGGUGGGUACUUCGUUGUGUAGUGAGUUCCUCUUCUGGUCCUACGAUGGACGGCUUGCUUUGCUGUAGCGACGCUCGCUGGUUCCGGUUUCAAAUGUAACUUUUCUGUCCCCCUUCCCCUGAACGAACUAGAGUACAAAGAGCAAGCAUUGAAUAUUUGCUUCAUGUUUGAUAAUCAAUUUCUAUUUAGUGAAACUCUUACUACUAACAGUAUUGGUACUGUUUGAUGAAACUGCAAUACAAUCUAAAUAGGUGUUGAUUUGUCUUUUUUGUCUUUGUAUUUUCAUAUUGUUUGAGUGGGUUUCUGUUUUUUUUUUUUCUUCUAGAUGUGUUGAAGUGUGGUGGGCAUGGCUUUGAUUAGGUGAGGACAAAAAUGCUAAUUAAUUCACAGUAUGGAUUCUUCUAAGCCUGAGUAGGCCAUACAGUAUUUGAUAUACACACAUAUGGAUAUAUAUAUAAAUAUAUAUAUUAUAAAGCUAGUCUACUAAUUGCAGACGCUUGAUAAGGUGUGAGUUAAUUGUGUGCAAUUUUCUCAUUUAUGCAUGUGACAAAAUUAACUUUUUUCCCUUUACAUUAUACCGUUUGUUUAAGGCUUACUGGUGUCGACUGCUUAUGUUAUACAUUCCGUCAGGGAGAAAAUAUAUGCUGUGUGUUUUUCAGUUUGUUUUUGCUUGUUAAGUGUGAACCGUUUUUUGUCUUUACUUUCAAAUGAAGUUGCUUGUGCAGCACCAAAGACUGUAACUCAUUUCCUGAGCAAGGUAGCUAGAUUCUUUUUUGCAUAAUAGACCUCAAGUAUACUGUAGUCAUAGAGCUGGGGUUAAAUUUCAAAAAUUGUAUUAAAAAAAAAUGGCUGAGCUUUUUUGGGGCGAUUUAGUAAGUCGUAUCAUUUUUCUUGAAUGUAUCAUAGAUAAGCUGCUAUAUACUGAUUGCCACUUCAAUAGCUGUGAAAUUAGGUGAUUUAUCUUCGUUCAAACCUAGUGGACCUCUUUAUGUAGGCUAGCUAGGUCCCUAAUUAUCUGAAAUAGAAGUGGUUUUGAUUUGAGUGUUUUUGCUUUAAUGUUUGAAGUGUAAUUGUAACUACUGUAUUGCUGAUGAUGGAUGUUAGUUGCAUUGUUCUGUUUUGGGGUGUGUGUGUGUGUGUGUGUGUGUGUGUGUGUGUGUGUGUGUGUGUGCGUGCGUGCGUGCGCGCGUGUGUGUGUGUGUGAUUUUUGCAUCAGUAUUUUAUCCUUAUUAACCUUUUUGGGCUCAUCACUGCAUAUAAAUGGAUGUAUCGAUGUAACUUAAUUUUUUGUAUGUUUUCAUAUUGCCGUUUUGUAGACAUGUAAAGCUAUAGCUUGCCGGGUUUGAUUUAACAUUUUUCAUUACGCUAGUAGGUUCCGUAUACAGUUCAAUAAGGUAUGUUGUAUGUGUAUUGCAGAAGCGCUGCGAUAGCAGGGACACUCGAUGAAAUGCUUAUAUAACACGUUAUUCCCACUUCACACACCACUAAGCACUUGUCAGCCCACCAGCAUUGAGGAGGUAGGAGAAUGACUGCGGAUUGCCCCGUGGGGAAUUGAACAGAAAAUAUGUUUGACAUUCUGCCCACGGUGCUGGUUCACGUUUAAUAUUGAAUAACUUUAAAUUAUUACUAUGUUUAAAAUAUGGAUUGUACUCAAACCUUUUGUCUGUUCUCUGUUGUCACUGUCCAUAAUGUGACAAUGGUUCUCCAUCAUAUUUGUUACCUAAUUGAAAUAAUCGGCCUUGUGUUUUAUUUUUAAUUGUUUCUCCAUUGUGUGGCUCUGCCCUUUGAGUGUCUCUGAGCAGAGUGGCGUUUGUCGAUGCAAAUCCUCGGACAUUGUUUAGUGGUCCUUCCUGAUGUUUCCGACAGUGCGAGUAGCACUGCGUUUGUGCCUUGAGAAUCGGAGGGUCAGAGAAUUGGGUACUGGGGCGGAGCUGUUGGCCCCUCAUACAGUACACCUCCGUAGCCCUCGUUGGCUCUGAGAAGGGUGGAAAGUUGUGGGUCUAACCUACCUUGGAGAAUUUCAAACCAUUGAAUGACCGCCUGACCAAAAUUUGCCAAUUCUAAACAGAACCAGUCUGUCUGCAUGCAGAAACGGGGAUUCAGAUUAAUAAUUGUCAUGACGACGGGGUAGUGGUCACUGACACCUGCAUCCAAAGUCUCACACUCACUAAUUAAGUUACUAGUUAAUAAUUCUCUGGAUUGACUCACACUGGCAGAAUAGCAAAUGCAAUACUUUAAUGUUAAGGUCAUUGUACCACCAGGUGUUCUUAGGGUUCUCAAAGCUGAUCUCUCCGAUGCCUAGCUUGAACUCCUAAGUCUGCCCCACUCGUCUGACCCCACCCUUUUUCUCAUCAGUUAACCCGCCUCCUAUCCGCCAUUGCAGACAGGGGAUCAGGGACUUUAACAGAUGGUGGACUCAUCAUAGUUCUGUGUAGUUGGCCGAGUGUAACACUGAACUCUGAGCCGUUGAGUUUACUAGACUUUAACCACAAGACCGCUGCUGGUAGCGAAGAGGCGACUGGUGGUUUCUGGCCACACAAGAUGUUAGAGGACUGCUGUGGAAGGAAAUGGCGUUUGACCAUACAGAUUCUUGUGGAGUCACUUGAAAUUCAGUACUCUGAAGGGGAAUAAGGUAUACCACAUUUCAGCUCCAGUAUUUAGCCGGUCUGGUGUUUUGACAAUGAUCUAUUCACUUUCAUGCUUUGGUGAUGACACUGAUGUUUUAUUUAGGGAGAUCUCUGAAAUGACAACAAGGCAUGUACUUGGCAGAUCUCCUACAGUGCUUGAUGUGUGUUCUCCCGAUGAUACAAGCAUGUGAUGUGUAACUGUGUUCCUGUAUAAAUGGUAUUCACCAGCAAUGCGCCUGCACAAACUCUCCCACACUUAAAAACCAAGAUGGAUGCAAAGGAACAGAGAUCCUAGACUGUGUUUAUUUUUUUUCCAUUAUAACUUAGUUUGACAAUGACUGGACAAAUGAACAGUUUUCAGAGAACUUCUGUAACAUUUUUAAGUAAAAUGUAACCACAACCAACAGCAGUUUGUAAAAUUUGCGUUAUGAUUCAUUUAUGAUUUAAAAAAAAAAACAUAGAGAGGAAUCCUCUUAACUGAUUCUGGUAUUAUCCUUUAGAGGUCUUGAUUCAGGGUAUAUGUAUUAGUCCAAUGUGCUACUGUGUUACUCUUCAAUCCUCGCUAUUUGGUUUGAUUACUUUCGAUCGGUUCUCAAAUUGUAUUCUCCUUUUUGGGCUUUCUGGUCAACUGUGUCUGUUCAAAGUGAAAUUCACGCUGCAAGUUUUAGAAUCUUCUGUUUAGAUUGUUCAUCAAAAUAAUAGACUUGAUUAUUAAAAUCCAAACUGUUACUGUUUUUUAAUACUUGUAGAUUUUCUUUGUGGCUUUGUUUUUAUCAGUUUUGUUUCAUUUCGCUUUUGUUGAUUUUAUGCUACACUAGUUUGCCAUGUAGCAAUUGCACUGUGCAAUAUUUACAGUAUGAGGACUGGGAAAAAUAAUUCUCUGGAUGUGAUGUCUCUUUACAGUUUGCGAUAGUGUUUCCUCUCUAGUUCUCAGUGAUUUAGGUGUGACCAAGCCUUCUCUGCUUAGUCACAUUAAGCAGGUUUUCCAGGUGACUCUUGGUGAGUGUCAAAAUAAGACUUUAUGGUGUAUUAUUGUCAAGGUUCACUUUGAAUUAAAAAAAUCUAUUGCUGCAAAUUC